UUUUGGGUGUCUGGUGAAAUAGAAUCGACGCUUACUGUUUGAGUGAGUGACGAAAUGCAAAAACACAAAACACGGAAAGCGAUUUAUGCGUUUGGUUGUGUUAUUAUUUUCUUGCUGUUUGUGAGUGCCACAAGCACUCCACAUUUAUCUAUAGACGGUGUCACAAGUAUAAUUUUUCGCAGUUAUAUCAUAUUCAAGAAUUGCGAAAAGUAGAAAAGCGGUAAAUAAGCAUGGGCAUACCUGAUAUUCGAAUGCUUAUUUCCGUAGAGUUUGAAGUAUUUGGCCACGUCCAAGGCCGUUACUUCACAAAAUAUACCAGAGAUCUUUGCACAAAAGCUGGAAUAAAAGGAUGGGUUAAAAAUUCCAAGCAAGGAUCCAUAAUAGGAAAAAUGCAGGGACCAAAAGAGGAAGUUGAUAAGAUGAUACAUUGGCUCUCUAAAGAAGGAUCUCCCGGUUGUCAAAUUGAGAAAUGUGUUUUGCAAAAUACAACAACACUCAAUCGAUUGGAUUACAAAGAUUUUGCAAUUAGAUUUUAAUAUAUAUUUAUAUCUUUGUUCCAUCGGUUAAUAAUAGUUAUUAAUUACUUUUUCUCCAAUUAUUGAUAUGUAAAAAAUAAAAAUCAAAAACAUUUUUUGCCAAUUUGUGAAUCACUAUAUUUUCACUCGAAUUGCAUAGGCAUAAUUUUCAGCUUAUUUGUAACAACUUCACAUUUGUAACAUCCCAUGUAUCUAACAUCCUUGGAAACGACCAUUUGCCUUCAUCCGUUCAAACGACUUUUGCGCAUCGUAAUUUCUAAAAAGAAGGAACAUCCACGAAAUAUAUCUAACAUCAAAUUAAAAAGGAAUAUUUACUUGUAAAAUUCAGCGUAAGCAUCCUUUUUUGGUUUGUUGACCAAGAAAUGCCAGCCUACUGUUACUAGUGCUGUUAAAGCAAUUGAAAUAGUCAAGUUCUUUUUAAUUGUAGCAUUAUGUAGGCCACGUAGAACUGGCUUAGUUGCACUUACAAUAGCAGGAGCAUUGGCCAUGGUAAUUU